UAUAUGUUGUGUGUGACAUUAUCUUUGGCUUAAAAUGUAAAUAUAAAUAUUAAUACAAGUACCAUGUUUUAUCAUUUUGUUUUGAUUUAGUUUUACUUAAGACAUAAGUAACCUGUUUUAUGUUAUCGUUUAUUUCAUUUUAUAAUUUAUGCAUAUUGUACAUAUUAUACAUGGUAUAAUCUGAAAUGGAAAAUGAAGUGAAACACGUUUCUGACGGCGACUUCAUAUAUUCAAAUAUGAAACACCGUAAUAGUAAAAUUAAACAUUUACGCGAUUUGUUUCAUUCUGAAAAUAUGCGGGAUGUAACAUGCCAGUCCCCUGUUGAUUUUUCUAAAUUUAACACGAUAGGCCUCGAUCGAGAUUUGAAAUACUGUGAAUCGAAGACAGGCGAACAGAAUGAUAUUGGCUCAAAAAAUCUUGACCAAGAGGUAUUGUUACCUCUUGAACAGUUCGUCUUUGUUAUGCCUCCUGGAACUGUUUUUGGUGCUCCGACAGAGUCUCGGGAAUUGUGUUGUUUUUGCCAACGCAUCCAGCACUGGAACAUGAGCCCGCGGGAGGGUGGCAACUCGUGGGCGGACGUGUUGAAGAACAUGGCGAUCGAGAACAUCUCCCCCUUCCCGGUGUGCCUGAAGCUGUUCCUGCGGACGACGCGCUACUUCAUCACCAUGUCGGAGGUCGGCGUGCACGUCUACGGCGCGGUCUCUCCGCCUGCCGCCGCCGCCGCCGCCGCCCCGACCCCCGGCGAGGUCCUGGAGCUGGAGGAGAUGAUCGGAGCCAAGCUGGACGGCUCGAGGGAGGACCGCGAGGAGCUGAGGGGCGUAGUGGCGGAGAUCCUGUUCGACAGCGCCACCCAGAACGUCUGGCACCCGCGUGUCGAGGUCGCGAGGCGCGAGGAAGGUGACCUUCUCCUUGUGACGCUCCAGCUGAGGACCGCCGCGGGACCGGAUCGGGACGAGCGGCAUCUCCCGGAGAUAAACGAAGAGGAGGGGCAGCCGGAAGGUGCGGCGGAUCGGGACGCGGUCGGACCUCGGAUCCCUUCGCAGCGGAGCGAGAGUGGAUGUGAGCCGGCAGAGGCGGCGAAUGGCUCGACGCAAAUGGACGGUCCCGACGCACGUGACGAACUCGAACUUUGCGAAGAGAAAGAAAGCGACAAGCAGGAAGCUGAGGAUGUUCCCUCAAACGGCACAGAUAAAUAUUUAACAAAGGAGAUGGAAAGGAGAUUUUUUAAGAAGCCAAAGAGUAGAUCUAUACAGGAUGCUCCAAAACAAGGAGAGACCAGAGAUGUAGAAGACAUUCCACUUAAAACAGCUGGCACAACGCAAAUAGACGAGAAUAGAGAAGGUUCUAUUGAAAGCAGCUUCAUGUUUUCUUCCGACUCAAAAUUGAAAUGCGAGGAAGAUUGCUUGCAGGAACAAGUAGAUAACGUACAGUCGCGAGAACCGACUGAUGAAACAGCUAAUCAUGCAGUUCAGGAGCUUGUCGAUAAAGAUCAGUCGGCUGUUUCGAAACCAAUCACAAUCAUCAAGCGAGUGUUUGCCAAAGAUGAAGACGAGUUGGGUGACGUGGACUUGUGCAUGACGGUGGAUGCCCCCAGCGACGAGGAUUACGACUCAGACGCCAGUUCGGACAUGCGUGAUGCGGACAUCUCGGUUUUUUGCGACGUUGAAAUGUACUCAGUCGAGUCUCCUGGGCACAAACUGUGGGACGACAUGGGAGUCUAUGAACGUGACGAUGCGAAUGGCGAGGAUUCGAACGUGGCCACAGUUUUGUCCGAAAACACGAACUUCAGCGAUAAAGAUCUGAGCAGCGCCAUUCAGAGCAGGUUCAAAAACAUCAAAGUUUACCAGAACAAGAAUGCAAGGCCGACGAAAGCCAAAGAAAAGAGAAAGGGCUGCGACAAAGAAAACAGCACCGACACGCAACAUCCCGGGAUCCCGGAUCGGGAUCCGGCAUCGCCGCUCGCGAACAACGUCGACGUCGCCAACGUAAGUUGUGCCCCCGAGGACGCAAGCCGCAUAGACUACGUUCCUAAGCCGGAGAGGUGCCAGAGGCGGACGGACGGCGACCGGUCGUCGGACGGCGACGAACGGUCGGACAGCCUCCGCAAGCAGAAGCUGAAGCUCCGGCAGAUGGACCCGACGGUGGAACUGGACAGCGACAACGUGUACGUCCUGUUCAACAAGAAGCUGGUCCCGGCGCCGGCCGGAGACAUGUCGGGCGACCCGACCUACUGCUGCGGGUUGUGCGGGGAGAAGUUCCGGUCGUACAAGGACCUGGUCUCGCAUGCCCGGGCCCACAGGGAGAGCCGGGUGGUGAAUGUGACGGUGCUGGCGCCCGGCGCGAGGAAGAAGAAGUCCGCGGGCAAGUGCAAGGACUGCGGCCGGCCGACCGCGGCGGGCGGGGAGUGCACCGGCGCGCCCCAGUCCCUGUGCGACGUCUGCGGGAAGCUGUUCCACGGCUGGCGGCGCCUGUGGAGCCACUACAAGUCGCAGCACCGGCUGCGUCCCAAGAGGCCGGGGCUGUGCCACCGGUGCGGGGAGACCUUCUCCGGCACCGGCACCCUGCGCCGCCACGUUGAGUCCCGGCACGGGGGGGCGGCGUCCCGCCGCCGCUUCGUCUGCGACCACUGCGGCAAGGCCUUCACCACCAAGCACCAGAUCGCGCGUCACAUCAAGAUCCACCUGGGGCUGAAGCCCUUUGAGUGCGUGGCGUGCGGGAUGCGCUUCGGCGUGAAGAUGCGCUGGCGCGAGCACAUGUACCUCCACUCGGGGGCCAAGCCCUACAGCUGCGACGCCUGCGGCCAGGACUUCCGCCACAUGAGCGCCCUGUCGCUGCACAAGAAGAUGCACCGCCUCGGGAAGAUAUAGUUCCUGCUCCGUCGACCCUCGGCUCCUGCCCGCCCGUUCCUAGUUCACACACAGUACGUCAUAGAUAGAGACCGGUAAAAUUCGCGGGUUCAAUGACCUCCAGGAUAGACUCCAACAUCCUGUACACACCCGGGCAAAUGCCAACUGUUCAUUGGCUGCUGACUUGCGAGUCGUCUCGACUGGGUGGCCCUGUGAUUCGACACUUCUAUGAGUGAGGGGUCUCUGAUUGGCCCCUCAGUCCUCUCCAGAUUAACAGUGGACCAAUGGCAGAAGCAGCACUAAGGUAUAAUAAUUAUUAUUUGAAUUUUAGCAUAGCACGUAAUGAACCCGCAAAUUUUUCAGGUCUCUAGUCAUAAAGCAUUUCAUUCUUGAAACUAUACUGAGGACCAAACACACAUUAAAUAUUUAAUGUAUUUCAGCAAAUUUUAAACGAUUGUUAUAUUCUGUUGAGUAAUCAAUAAAUGCAAUAUAGAACAUACCAUGGAAAAAAAAAAAAAAAAAGGGCUCUUAAAAAUUAUAUUUACAAAAUAAUUAAAAGAACCUCAUAUCCGAGAAGAUUAUCAUUAAAAAUACAUUUAACUAUGAAAAAUAUAUCUUGGCUUAUUAACAGUGACUGCUGACUGCUUAUUUGACAUAUCGUCGCCUGAGAAUUACAGUGUUCUAUGUCCAUUGAAGUCGGAACUGAGAUAUAAGCAUUUGAAAGUUCAAACAACUAUGAAUAUCAUGACAUAGAAUAAAAUAAUAUUGGUCUUAAAUUAAGAACAAACAUUUUUAUGUGCGUAGACGUGUGUGGAUAUAGUAGAAAUGAAUACUAAUAUUAAUUUCAUGUCCAUAGCAUAAAAAACCUAAAAAGUGGACAUAGAACACUCCAAUACUCAGGAGGCUAUAUGCUUACAAAGACAGUUUAUACAUGGUAGUAUACCUGAUGAUUAUUUGUGGAAAGAUUCUUUUGGUCCGAAGUGGCUGUCACUGCCAUAGAGAAAAACCUGAAGAACAGACAAACAAAGGUGAACACACACGCGAAAGCAAGCCAAGAUCAGCCCGAUGUCAAACGUUAAAUGCAUAGACAGCAACGGAGAAUUCAGUGGAAGAAUUUAGUCAGAACAGUAUCACAGCACAAGACGACCGAGUGUGCUGAUGACAAGACAGUUGUGACAAGAACAGCGAAUGCAAACAACAUGGAAUUCUCUUUGCUCUCCGUGCGUUUAAAAUUUGGCAUAGGUUGAUCUUGGCUUUGGUUUCAUCAUGUGUGGUUGGGUAUUCGUCUUUGUUGGUCGGUUCUUCAGGUUUUCUUUGUGACAUAAAUCGCAAACUAGCAAUGGUGUAGUCUGUCCAAAAUAAUGUUUUAAAUCAACCUUCUCCUUGUAAGAAUCAUUCAAAUAAUGUGUCAUCAUUGUUCAUUUAUUGCAAUUACUUUGGAUGUUUCACUAUAAAAGCAUUUUAUAUAACUUAUGGUUGUUAAUUUUGCAUUACAUAUAUUCUACAAGUUAACUGCAGUAGGCAAAAGUUCAAGCAAAUAUUCAUGAUGAAAAUUUUUUCGCAGCUACGGCACCAUAAGUAACCUUUGUCUUAAAACUAAUUAUUUUUAGUAUAUUAGAUUUUACCAAAACUAUAGAUGCCUGAGUUUUUCUGGGGUUUUGGAAGACGUAAUUUUUUAUUGAUUUACAAAGGAUACACUAAAUAUUAAGCGUUAAGGACUUGUAUAUUAGAAAAACUUUGUGAUAAACAUUAAAAUAUCAUAUUAUGAAUUUCUUUAAAAUCAUUGAUAAAUUGUUAUUUUGUGUUAGACGUAGUCAGAAUUGUACGGCAUAGUUUUCUGAGCAAAAGUUUAUUAUUUUAUUUUUGUAACCCUUCAUAGUUGUGUAAAUAUUGCAGUGUAAUUUUGUGUGAUAAUUUCACAUGCUUUUCGAGCAGUUUAGGAGAAAAAAAAUUGAAUAGGUGGUAGUUGUAAAUAGCAAAUUUGAGUGAUACGUUUUUUUAUCGCAAUAUUGCAGUUGUCACAGUGCCUUAUUAUUGCAGUGAUUUACGGUUGGUUAUCGAGUGUGUAGAAAACUUCUAAUGUUUUGUUACAUUGACUAACAACUUUUGUUCCUUUUAGUGCCUUGUUAACCCAUGUUGCUAAAAAAAAAAAACUUGUAAAUAAUUUUUAUAUUUCAAAUCAUCUUCAUCAUCAUCAUCAAUGUUUGAAGUUUGUGUAAUGGCACACUUUUUUCUUUCUGUUUAGUGAGAAAUUAUGGACAUUAAGCCAUUGCAGGGUAUUUGUUCGUAGCAGAGAAACUAGGAAUGAGAGUAAAAAAAUGUGAUAUGUACCUUCGUAACAAGCCUAUUCAUGUGUUCUCAUGUUGAUACACUUAUAAUACGUAAAUCGGACACUAAAUUUAAUGUAGAAUUAUUAAAAAUAUUGCAGAAUAUUAUAUAUAUAUAUAUAUAUAAAAUAUUGCAGAAUAUUAUAUAUAUAUAUAUAAACACACACAAAAAUUGUGUUUUUAA